AUCCUUGACAACCAUCAUUAGGUUGGGAGACUAGGCGUUCGGGAUGGAUGCAAGUUUACUCUAUUUGAUAGAAAAUAGCUGAAACGGGGAAAAAAUGGAAUUUGAAGAAUAUUCAGAAAACACGAAAGGGAACGAACUAGGGAAACGAUUUAGCUCCCAAUCGUGUAAUGUCUUUGAUGAGCUGAGACGAUUUCAACAGCUCUGCGACGCCGUGAUAAAAGUUGAAAACGAAGAAUUCCCGAUCCACAGAGCCAUCAUGUCGGCCAGUAGCCCAUACUUCCGGGCCUUAUUUACAAAUGCCCUAGACGCGGUAGACAAACGAGAGAUAGAAAUUCCAGGAGUGACAGCCGAGAUCAUGCACAUUAUCAUAGACUAUGCCUAUACCCGUCGUGCAAAGAUCGACAAAAAUAACAUAGAGAGUUUGCUCCCGGCUGCCGACCAAUUUCUUGUUCACGGUCUUGUAAGACGAUGCUGUGAUUUUCUCGCUCGGGAACUAGAGCCAGAAAAUUGCAUUGGCAUAUAUAAGUUCGCUCGAACUUAUUUUUGUCUUGACUUGGAGCGAAUAGCGUAUCGUUAUUUAAUGCAUAACAUUAAUGAUGUAAUGAACGGAAGUGCCGAAUAUCUAAACCUUGAUUUAACAGAAGUCUGUGAAAUACUGUCCUCCGACGAUCUGAAUGUGAACAGCGAGGAAAUUACAUUCUUGGCAGUUUUGCUCUGGAUCGAUCGCGAUCCCACAAACCGGAAGUCCCACAUCGCCGAUCUGCUUCGGACCAUUCGGCUUGGUCUCCUAUCAACCCAAUAUUUCGUUGAGCAUGUCAAAUCGCAUCCGUUUGUCAUGGGAAAUGAGCAAUGCAAACCAAUUAUCAUUGAUACCCUGAAGUUCCUGUAUGACCUCGAUAUGGUCGAGGAAAGGGAUUUGGAUAUGGCCAAUCCACUGGCACGGCCGCGGAUACCACACGACGUGAUGUUUGCGGUGGGCGGAUGGACAAACAGAUCCCCGAUUUGUACCGUGGAGACCUACGAUACACGAGCAGAUAGAUGGAUAAUAUGUAGUAAAAAUGACGACACGCCUCGGGCCUACCACGGCACCGUCACGAUUGAUCUUAAAAUCUACGUUAUCGGAGGGUUUGACGGGGUGGACUGCUUCAACAGUGUCAAGUGUUUCGACGCAGUCACCAAGAUCUGGUCUGAGGCUGGGCCUAUGAUUUCAAAAAGGUGUUACGUGAGUACGACUGUACUACGAGGUUGUAUCUAUGCCAUUGGUGGAUUCGAUGGUCACGUGAGGCUGAACACGGCGGAGCGAUACUUCCCCGGUCGUAAUCAGUGGAUGAACAUCGCGCCUAUGAACCACCAGCGCAGUGACGCUAGCGCCACAACACUACACGAAAAGAUUUACAUUUGUGGCGGAUUCAAUGGAGAGGAAUGUUUGAAUUCGACUGAAUAUUACGACCCUUACGCAAACCAGUGGACAUGUUUUGCGCCCAUGCGCAGCAGACGUAGUGGUUUAGGUGUCAAGGCCUACGGGGACCAGAUAUAUGCUGUAGGGGGGUUCAAUGGUAUCUCUCGGAUGAGCACUGCGGAGCGGUACAACCCAUUCACAGAUCGCUGGGAAUCUAUUCUUGCUAUGUACAGUCCCAGGAGCAACUUUGGUGUAGAAGUAAUAGAUGACAUGCUUUUCGUCAUUGGGGGAUUUGACGGCGUAUCUACAACACAAGCAGUGGAAUGUUUCGACAAAAAAUCAAACGAAUGGUUUGACACAACGGAAAUGAACGCCCGCAGAAGUGCUCUUAGCGCAUGCGUCAUUACCGGACUUCCGAACACUCAGGAUUACACGUACAAAGAAUAUAUUGCAACGAAACAAACUGUCCAAAUUCAGGACGGUAAUAUUGAAAAUGAAUCAAGUUUUUCUUUUUAGUAAUGUUAAUUUGAUUAAUAACAUGUGUUUGUUGUUGAUUAUUCGAAUUUUGAAGAACGACGAAACUUCCUUUAUCCGGACA